AUGCCUCAUACGAGCCGCAAGAAAAAGAAUUCCCACAGCAACAAGAGGAGGGAAAUCGUGGACCAAGAUGGCUGGACGAGGAUCACGACCAGCUCUUCGACACCUCUGACCGUCGCGCCGCAGAAUCAGACCCAGGGCGAAUCGGGCGAGAUCUCUACUUUGAAUGUCAUCGCAGGGGCAUCCCUCCCGCUCCCAAUGCCGGCGGCCCAGGGGUCCUCGCUUGAGAGCAUGCGCGCGCAGUUUGCCAAGAUCGAGACGAGAUGGCGAGACACGGACCUAUGCAGGAGCGUCGAGCAGAUGCUGAGAGAAAGGAUCCUGACUACUGGUGGCGGGGAUUAUCACAUUGCCAACUGUGCUCUGUUCGGGACGGGCAGCUUCUGCGGCGACGCGGUCCACUGGGUCGACAGGCACGAGUCGGCGUAUUUCCAGCUGGCGGCUUUCCGGACCGUGGUGAGGACCAUAGAACGACUGCAGGGCCAUGUGCCGCAGGCUUAUGCCCAGGAACCGUACUACAAUGACCUCGACGUCCUUUUUCUCGCCAGCUUGGAUGUCACGAAGGUUGACCACCCGAAAGGAUUCGAGCUGCUUGAUCAGAAUUCGUUCGCCUAUUCGCCGGCUGCGGAACAAGAGGUUGAGAGCCAGAUUGUAUCCCGCGCCCCACGGAUCUGGCUGCACAGGUCUUUCGACCACUCGCUUCAAGGCGACAAGGAGUCAAUAAGCAAGUUCAAGAGGGACUAUGAGCACGCAGUCCUGCCUGAGUUGGACCUCAAAAACUUCCCAUUCCACGGAUCUGUGAUGUGGUGGCGCGGAAACGAUGACACGUACGAGCAAGUCCAGACCGAGUGA